AUUUAUAUUUAAUGUUGUUAUUUCAAAAAUAUACUUGAAAUAAUUGUUUGAUACAGUGAGAAAAUAAUUAAUCCACUUAAGUAUCGGUUAUUGUAUGAAAAGUGUUAACUGAGUUUUGUGAAUUUGUUCCAUUCCAUUUCCAUUUCGUGAGUUUUGUGAUUGAGAAGCAGCGAAGCAAUGCAUUCUGACAACCCUCGUCGCAUACUCUUCUCACUUGGUUUAUUAAAACCAUUACCAAACCCUAUUCAUUCAUUUCCAUUCUCCUCAUGGCUCUCCCAACCCGGUAACCCACUCAUUCACUGGCCAUCCCUACCACCCAUCCAACCCAAACCCACCCUAAACCCAAACCCAACACCCAACCCCAACACUCCAACACCCGACUCCAAUUUCUCUCUCAUUUCAACUCUCUUCACUAACCCAUCCAUCUCUCCCGGUUCACAACUCCACGCCCAACUUAACCGAACCGGAAUCAAACCGGAUUCUCCCCUCCUUCGUGCCGUCUUCGACCACUUCGCAUCGUCGCCAAAACUGCUGCAUUCGCUUUUCCUAUGGGCUGACAAACAACCCGGAUUUAAACCCGAUCCGACUCUCUUUGACUCCAUGGUUAACGCUCUUGCUAAAAUCAAGGAGUUUGAUUCUGCUUGGACUCUUGUUCUUGAUCGUAUUCAUAGAGAAGAAGAAGAAAAAGAAGAUAAAUUGGUUUCUAUUGGUACUUUUGCUAUCUUGAUUCGACGAUAUGCUCGCGCAGGUAUGCACGAGGCUGCUAUUAGGACGUUUGAGUUUGCAAAAGAUAAGAAGUCAAUUGUGGAUUCGAUGUCAGAAAUGAGUUUAUUUGGGAUUUUGAUUGAUUCACUUUGCAAAGAAGGGUCUGUAAGGGAAGCUUCAGAGUAUUUCCUUAGGAGAAAGGAGACAGACCUGGGUUGGGUUCCUUCGACUCGGGUGUAUAACAUAAUGUUAAAUGGGUGGUUUCGAGCGAGGAAACUCAAACAUGCUGAGAGACUUUGGGAAGAGAUGAAGAAGGAGAAUGUGAAACCGAGUGUUGUGACAUAUGGUACCCUUGUGGAAGGUUAUUGCCGGAUGCGCCGUGUUGAAAAGGCGCUUGAGAUGGUUGGUGAAAUGACCAAAGAAGGAAUUGAAGCAAAUGCAAUUGUAUAUAACCCAAUAAUUGAUGCAUUGGCAGAAGCUGGGAGAUUUAAAGAGGCUUUGGGAAUGAUGGAGCGUUUUCAUGUUUUGCAAAUAGGUCCUACUCUCUCAACUUACAAUUCUUUGGUUAAGGGUUUUUGUAAGGCAGGAGAUCUUGAAGGUGCUAGUAAAAUUCUUAAAAAGAUGAUAAGUAGAGGUUUCCUUCCAAUCCCCACUACCUACAAUUACUUUUUUAGGUACUUUUCAAGAUGUGGAAAAAUUGAGGAAGGGAUGAACCUGUAUACCAAGAUGAUUGAGUCUGGUCAUACCCCGGAUCGUCUAACUUACCAUCUUGUGUUGAAGAUGUUAUGUGAAGAGGAGAGGUUAGAUUUGGCAGUUCAAGUUAGCAAGGAAAUGAGACAUAAUGGAUAUGACAUGGACUUGGCUACGAGUACCAUGUUAAUUCAUUUGCUAUGCAAAAUGCAUAGGUUAGAAGAGGCUUUUGCAGAAUUUGAGGACAUGAUAAGAAGAGGUAUAGUUCCUCAGUAUUUGACAUUCCAAAAAUUGAAUGUUGAGUUAAAGAAACAAGGUAUGACUGAAAUGUCUCAAAAACUUUGCCACUUGAUGUCGAACGUUCCUCAUUCUACAAACUUGCCAAAUACUUAUGGUGAAGUCAGAGACAAUGCACAUGCACAUAGAAAAUCUAUUAUUCAGAAAGCUCAAGCCGUUUCUGAUUUGCUGAAGGACCCCAAGGAGCUUGAUAAGUUUAGAAGUUCAUCAGAAAAUGAUGUCUCAAUUGCAAACUGUUUGAUAGAGGAUAUUAAGAAAAGGAUAGAUAUAAAAUGAACAUAUGCGAUCUCGGUACCAGCAGGGAGGCAGUUGCGGACAGUUUGAAACACAUCGAAUCCAGCAGGGAGGCAGUUGCGAACAGUUUGAAACACAUCGGAAUUAGUUCACAUUUCUUCACUGUGGAGAAUCAGAGGGUUUUGUACAAAAAUGUCUGCUGUUCUUCCUUAUGCUAUUAGUAGGCAUCACAGCAGUAGUAACUGAACUGAUUUUCUGUUGUCUAACCACACUAGCAUAUAAAAAGUUAAUGGAGUACUUUAUACAGAAAAUAGCUUCUUGCUAGCUAAAAUUUGGAUAUUAUCAGGAGAUGGCAGCAACCGAAGCAUAAUUUAUCAAUUCAAGUAGCCUUACAGAGGUUGUCACUCGAUUCAUCUUUGUCUUUUGGUUGGAGCCUUGCAUAAUCCAGAAGAUGUGACUGAAGAUCAAUAUCUCUAGAGAGAGUUUUAUUUUUUACUGUUAAGUUUUCUUAUUUGAUUUGA